AUGGACGUAUUCUUUUCCGAAUGGUCUAAGACAGCUACCGGGUGGUCUCUCUUACUAUUCCUGGGUGCAUUGCCGUGUCUCUUUGGCCUGUACCUCUGUUUUGUUGCGCCCCCACGCCAUCCACAACAGAUCCCCAGCGUACCCUUCUGGGUGACCCUCCUGCCCUUUUUCUUCGAUGUCGAUCAGCAGGAGACCUUCCAGCAGUACAUUGCCAAACCACUCCAGACCCAUGGCGCCAUCAAGAUGUUUUUCGCGGGCCGGUGGAAUGUAAUAGUGCAGCGACCGGCGAUGUUGGCGGAGAUUUUUCGCAACGAGCACAUUUACCACAAGAGCGGCAAUCAGGAAAAGAUUCCCCACAGCGUGUUGGCGGAGUAUCUGGGUAACUUCCGGGAACGAGCACAAUUGAGGGAGAUUUCUCGCACUGACCUCGACCUUCGAUUGGCAGGCUCCAACAUCAUCUCAGCGAGAGGGGACGAGUGGCGCCGCUAUCGUGCUGUCAUCCAGCCCGGCUUGCAGACCUCGUUUGACUCCAGCGCGGUGUUCCGUCAUGCUCAACGACUGAGCGCGGUCUUGCUGGGACUGCAGGAGAGGAAUCGCCGGCAGGGAGUGCCGGUACAAGGCGUGCUACAGCGAUACUCGAGCGCCAACCUCCUGCGUUGUGUUCUGGGACUGUCCGACUUGAGUAUGAUCAAGAUGGACCAGGACGCUCCGUUGCACAGCAUCCAAACGUCGCUGAAGCGGUAUCUCUUCCAACCGAUCUUCUUGAACUUCCCCGUCCUUGACUGGCUGGGCUGGGCUAUUCCGUCGCGCAGACAGGCCCGUAACCUGAUCCAGGACUUCUCCACCGAGUUGCAGAUGCAGAUAGUCCAAGCGCACCCUCCGGGGUCCAGUACGACCAGUGUCGGAGGCCGACUGGCGACCGCGUGGCGUGAUGGAACGCUAACCACCCAGCAGUUCCGCGAUAACCUCAACGUCCUCUACGUGGCGGGGCAUGAGAAUCCACAGCUGCUGCUUACUUCGGCGCUGUACUUGCUUGGGAAAUUCCCGAAGGUACAGGAGCGGCUCCGAGCGGAGAUCGAGCAGUAUGGAACGAUCGAUGAGGGUGAUACACCCACGGUUUCCUGGGAGAGGCUCCCGUAUCUGUCGGCGACGAUCCUCGAAUGUGCUCGGCUAUUCCCGCCCAUUUCGCAGCUGAUCAACCGUCGAGUGGCCACGCCCACAUGGCUGGCAGGAAACCUCCAUCUGACCCCUGGGAUGUACGUGGGAUAUCACAGCUACGCGACCAAUCGAGAUCCCACCACUUGGGGUCCAGAUGCAGAUGAAUUCCGACCAGAGCGAUGGGGCCACACACAUGAGCAGAUUUUCGCAGCGUACAGACGGGCUAAGGCGCGAGCCGAGUUUAUCACUUUCCAUGGCGGGCCGCGUGCAUGUCUGGGCGAGAAGUUUGCCCUGUUGCAGAUGCGGGUCUCGCUGCUGGUGCUGGUGAGAUCCCUGUCUUGGACGUUGGACCCUGAGUGGACAGACCAGAUGAUGCCGGCGGGUCCUUUGCAUCCACGCGGGCUGCGAUUGAUGUUCAUCACACACGACAAGGAUGCCGCCACGUAG